GGAAUCACUUUUCAGUUCACUGGCUCGCGACGCGUUCAAGUACCUUACUCGGAACAAAAUGGAUAGUGAGAUACAAGGAUUCUUCAAGAACAAGACCGUGUUCCUUACGGGUGGCACUGGAUUUCUGGGAAAAGUGAUCACUGAGAAACUACUGAGGACCACGGAAGUCAAUCGGAUUUACUCCUUAAUUAGACCUAAGCGUGGAGUUCCCAUCCAGGACCGAAUCACGACCUGGGCGAAGGAUCCGGUGUUUGAGGUGCUCCUAAGGAUGAAGCCAGAUGCCUUGCAGCGGGUUUGUCCCAUAGCGGGCGACUGCCUGGAUCCAGAUCUGGGUAUAAGCCCAUCGGAUCGGCGGAUCCUGACCACCGAGGUGCAGAUUGUAAUUCAUGGAGCCGCCACUGUGCGAUUCGACGAGGCUUUACACCUCUCCCUGGCCAUCAAUGUGCGUGCCACCCGUCUGAUGCUUCAGCUGGCCAAGCAGAUGACCCAGCUGGUGUCCUACGUGCACGUAUCCACUGCCUACUCCAACUGCGUGGUGCACGACAUCGCAGAGCGCUUCUAUCCGGAGCACUUGAACUGCAGUUCGGAUAAGAUCCUGGCCAUGGGUGAACUGGUAAGCAGUAAAUUACUGGACGCGAUGGAACCGAACCUCGUUGGCUCCUUCCCCAACACGUACACCUACACCAAAGCCCUGGCCGAGGAUGUGAUCCUGCGGGAGGCGGGCAACCUGCCAUUGUGCAUCUUCCGACCGGCGAUCAUAAUGUCCACUUACAAGGAGCCCCUGGUUGGAUGGGUGGACAACCUAUUCGGACCACUGGCCCUCUGCUUUGGCGGAGCUCGCGGUAUAAUGCGGGUCACCACGGUGGACCCCACUGCCAAGAUCAGCAUGGUUCCCGCUGACUACUGCGUAAACGUGGCAUUGGCUUGCGCGUGGAAAACGGCGGAGAAAUCCGUACAGAGUGGAAAGGUCACGACGCCCCCCAUUUACGCGUUUGCACCCAGCGAGAAUAACCUCCUGAGCUACGGCAACUUUGUCAAAUCAUCUAUUAUGUAUCGGGACAUCAUACCGCUGACCAAGAUGCUGUGGUAUCCCUUCGUCCUGUGCAUCUCCACCACAUCCCUAUUUCCGCUGGCCGCCUUCUUCCUACACACCCUUCCCGGUUACUUCUUCGAUAUGCUGCUGCGUCUCAAAGGCCGGAAGCCCAUACUCGUGGAUCUAUAUCGGAAGAUUCACAAGAACAUCGCCGUUCUGGGUCCCUUCUCCAGCACCACCUGGAACUUUGACAUGACCAACACAAAGGAGCUAAGGGAAGCGAUGUCCAAGCAGGACCGCAACCUUUACGACUUCGACAUGGCCCAGUUGGAUUGGGAUGACUACUUCAAGGCCGCCAUGUAUGGAAUGCGUCUCUAUAUUGGCAAGGAGAAACCCACCGCGGAGUCCAUUGCCAAGGGUCUGAGGCUGAGGAAGCGCCUGAAGGUCCUGCACUAUGCAUUCGCAUCCUCGCUGGUUUCUUUAGCUGGUUACGUCCUGUAUUCGCUGGCCAGACUUAUCGUAAAAAAUUUGUAUUACUUCGUAAAGCUACUCAGCCAAUCGCGACCAUACCCAAUUGAUUUCCUAUUGAAGUGUGUCUUUAACUCGCAAGCAUCGCAUUGGUGGAAUUCGUUCAGAACGACGCCGAACAAUAUCGUAUCCAGAACGAAAAUGGACGACGGCAUCCAAGGAUUUUAUAAAGACAAGGUGGUGUUCCUAACAGGCGCCACCGGGUUUCUGGGAAAGGUGAUUAUUGAGAAGCUCUUGCGAACGACGGAACUAAAACGUAUCUACGCUAUGAUGAGACCCAAAAGGGGAAAGGAUAUUCAGGAACGUCUUGCCAUAUGGCAGAAGGACCCACUUUUUGAAGUACUGCUAAAGGCAAAGCCAGAUGCACUGAAGCGAAUCUUUGUCAUCGCAGGCGACUGUCUCGACGCCGAUCUGGGCAUCAAUAGGUCAGAUCGCCAGCUCCUAGUUUCUGAGGUACAGAUAGUCAUCCAUGGAGCAGCCACGGUGCGUUUCAAUGAGCCACUUCAUGUGGCACUGGCCAUCAAUACACGUGCCACCAGACUGAUGCUCCAGUUGGCCAAGGAGAUGCAGCACCUGGAGGCCUAUUUGCACAUUUCAACGGCGUUCUCCAACUGCGUUAUUUUUCGCAUCGAGGAGAAAUUCUAUCCCGAACACCUGACCUGCGACUCAAACUCGGUUCUGGCCAUGAGUGAGCUACUGAGUGACCAAAUGAUGGACAAGCUGACGCCCACUCUAGUUGGGGACUUUCCCAACACCUACACCUACACCAAAGCCCUGGCGGAGGAUGUAGUCCUACGGGAGUCCGGCGAUCUUCCCCUGAGUGUCUUCCGACCAUCAGUCAUAAUUGCGACCCAUGAGGAGCCUGUUUCCGGUUGGAUCGAUAAUCUCUACGGACCCAUUGCUCUCAUUUACGGCGUGGGCCAUGGAGUCCUCCGCCUGACCACCUUCGACAAAGAUGGCCUUGCCAGCCUGGUGCCCGUGGACUACUGUGCAAACGCGGCUCUGGCUAGCAUAUGGCAAACAUCCAAAGAGAAGUCCCAACGAAAUGCCAGAUCCCAGCCCGCCAUCUACACCUUAGCUCCCAGUGAAAAUAAUCUACUAGUCAACAAGGACUUCAUAAACCACUCACUGAUCGUCCGGAAGGAUUUUCCAAUUACCAAGAUGAUAUGGUACCCGUUCAUGCACAGCAUCUCAAAUCCACGACUUUUCCCCUUUGCCGCCUUCUUCUAUCACACUUUACCAGGCUAUUUCUAUGAUCUAGCCCUGCGACUCACGGGAAGAAAGCCUCGUCUGGUGAAGCUGUACAGAAGUAUACAUGCCAACAUUGCGGUACUAGAGCACUUUUUGCACAACAGUUGGCACUUUGAGACGAAGAGCACGGAUCGGCUGAGAGUGAUGAUGUCUCCGGAGGAUCGGCGAUUGUACAACUUCGAUAUGGAGGCUCUGGACUGGAAAAAGUACUUCCGGAAGGCACUCUUCGGCAUGCGACUUUACCUGGCCAAGGAACCUCCAACGCGGGAAUCUCUCGAACAGGGUCGGCGACUCUUUUAUCGAUUGAAGAUCCUGCACUACAGCCUUGUGACCUUACUCUGCGUCAUAGCUGGAACCCUAUUGUGGACUCUUGUCAGAUUGUUUAUUUAAUCU